CCGGUGACGCUGGAGCAGCCAAGACGAGCCGCCGCCGGUUCCCUCCUCUCACUGCGCUCGGCUGGCUGCGCUCGGCACGUCGUCUUCAGCCGGAGACCCAGCGACACAGAGGGAGUGGAGGAGGCGAGCGAGCCGCGGAUCUGUGGGUGUAAGGAGAGGAGAGAAGCUGUCACUGCUGCGACCAGGAGCCGCUCCAUACGACUGUCCAGUUGACAAGAAGAAAGAUGAGAAUGUCCACAUGCCCCCUGCAGUGGAAAAUACCCUCUCACUAGGGACAGACGUUCACAGACAAGCUGAAAGGUGAGUGAAGGAAGUGGGACCAUUGGACGGAGAUGAUGUCCAUGCAAAUGAGUGAGGCGGACAGUAUGGUGAAGGUGGCUGAGUGGCAGCAGACCUACUACGCCUCAGACUCUGGCAUCCAAUCAGCAGCCACCACAGUGCGGGAUGACGAGAGCAGCACCGAUUACAGUGGCAGUAAGAAGUACGGCGGCAGCACUACCACUGCUCCCGCUGCUGCCUCUGCUGGAGGGGGAGGGGACACAGCAGCCUGUGGACUAGAGAGUCCCGCAGAUUUAGAAGCUCAGUACUCUCUAACGCGGGCUCAGCGCGUCAGGGCUGCGAUGUUCCCAGAGACUCUGGUGGAGGGAGAGGCGGCCAUGCCCACCCAGCCAGAUCCAUCACAGCAGAGCAAUGUACAACGACUGGCUGAGCCGUCCCAGCUGCUAAAGACAGCUAUUGUCCACCUGAUAAACUACCAGGAUGAUGCUGAACUGGCAACCAGGGCGGUGCCGGAGCUCACCAAGCUGCUGGCAGAUGAGGAUCCGGUUGUGGUGAACAAGGCGGCCAUGAUAGUCAAUCAGCUGACCCGAAAGGAGGCAAGUCGGAGGGUGCUGGUGCAGUCUCCGACCAUGGUGGGUGCAGUGGUGCGUGCCAUGACUACAGCAGUUGACAUGGAGACGGCCCGUUGUGCAGCCAGUGUGCUCCACAGCUUGUCACACCAGAGGGAGGGCUUGCUGGCCAUAUUUAAGUCUGGAGGGAUACCUGCACUGGUCCGCAUGCUGAGUUCACCAGUGGAAUCAGUCUUGUUUUACGCCAUCACCACCCUCCACAACCUGCUGCUGCACCAAGAAGGUGCCAAGAUGGCGGUGCGUCUCGCCGAUGGCCUGCAGAGGAUGGUUCCCCUAUUGAAAAAGAGCAAUCCCAAGUUUCUGGCCAUCACCACAGACUGCCUGCAGCUCCUGUCCUAUGGCAACCAGGAGAGCAAGCUCAUCAUCCUCGCGAAUGGAGGCCCAGAGGGUCUGGUGUUCAUCAUUAGGAACUACAACUACGAAAAGCUACUGUGGACCACUAGCCGUGUUCUCAAAGUACUGUCUGUGUGUCCCAGCAACAAGCCAGCUAUAGUGGAGGCUGGUGGUAUGCAAGCUUUGGGCCAACACCUUACGGGUUCAAGUCAGCGUCUGAUCCAGAACUGUCUGUGGACACUCCGCAACCUGUCCGAUGCUGCAACCAAACAGGAGGGGUUAGAUGGUCUGCUGCAGAUACUGGUCGCCCAGCUGGGCUCAGACGAUGUCAACAUGUUGACCUGUGCGACUGGCAUCCUGUCCAACCUGACCUGUAAUAACUCAUACAACAAGACUCUGGUGACUCAAUGUGGCGGUGUGGAAGCACUGAUCCAUGCUGUGCUUCGGGCCGGGGAGAAGGAGGACGUUGCUGAGCCUGCGGUCUGUGCCCUGCGUCACCUCACCUCCCGACACCAAGAUGCAGAGCUGGCCCAGAAUGCUGUGCGCCUCCACUACGGUAUCCCUGCUGUCGUCAAGCUGUUGGGGCAGCCGCACUACUGGCCUGUAGUAAAGGCCACAGUUGGUCUGAUCCGGAACCUGGCGCUGUGCCCGGCCAAUCAGGCGCCGCUAAGGGAGGCAGGUGCUAUUCCUCGAUUGGUCAACCUGCUGCUGAAGGCUCACCAGGACACGCAGAGACAUGCCUCAGCCUCACAGCAGACUUACCAGGAUGGUGUUCGCAUGGAGGAAAUUGUCGAGGGCUGCACAGGAGCACUACACAUUCUGGCGAGAGACCCAAUCAACAGAGGAGAGAUCGCCAGCAUGCAGACCAUACCACUGUUUGUACAGCUGCUCUACUCCUAUGUGGAGAACGUGAAGCGAGUGUCUGCAGGCGUCCUGUGUGAGCUGGCCCUGGACAAACAGUCUGCAGAGCUCAUCGACGCAGAGGGAGCGUCAGCACCACUCAUGGAGCUGCUGCACUCCAGCAACGAGGGGAUAGCCACCUAUGCUGCAGCAGUGCUGUUCCGAAUUUCAGAGGACAAGAGUUCAGACUACAGGAAGAGAGUGUCAGUCGAGCUAACUCACUCGCUCUUCAAACACGACCCUUCUGCAUGGGAGAUGGCCCAUACUGCACUUCCUUUGGAGCCUACUUACCUCGCUGAUGAACUAGACGGCUCUUACCCUCCCUAUGGCUACACUGAUCUGCCUCUGGACACCCUGCCACUAGACCCUGACCUCCGUGAGUCCUAUAUCCCAGACAUGACGUACGACCCAAGACAGGCCUACCCGGAACCACUCUAACAGGAGAAUCAAUCAAACAAGCUAAAAGAGAAAGAGAGAAUGAACAAAGACUCAAAAAAAAGGAUGGAUGAUGGAGACUGGAGGUUUUAAUAACAAAGGGAAUCAGGUGGACAAACUCUCUAUUGGACAAUCAAGAACUGCUCCUUUCAAAAAAAGUUUGCUGUCUCUGUAAAUGGAAAAUAAUGUAACUUUGUUAUAAUGUUUUACUGAGGGGUGAGAGUGGGGUUGUUUGAAGUGUUGAGGCAUUGUUACACGGGUAACGUUUUUUCAAGCAAUCAGUUAAGGCAAGCAUGACUUGUACUUCAUGACUCAUGACUACCAAAUGUGUCAUAGAUAUACAGGCACUUCCCCAUAUGUGGGCACACGCCUAUUAGUCAAUGAGAAGCUAAACACAAUUCAUCACUAAAAAGGAUUUACAUCUCUGAGAGUUUUUCUAGAAAACACUUGACAUUCAACAAGAUUAGAACUCAUGUCCUAUUGCUACCAAAUGCUACCCGUGUAUCUGAGUCUUAAGUUGCUGUCUUUUCGAUGUCUCCUCUGUCUAUUUGAACAGUGCACAUGUCCCAGGGUGUCCAUGUGUGGUCGUUGCAUGGUAAUAUAUUGUGAACUCAUUGAAAUAUUCCUUACCUUUACCUAUUAAGAAAAAAGUGACCCCUGGAUUUUAUUAAGUAUUUCAAUUAUGCCAACCUAAAACAACCUUAGCCCAGAACUGGACCACCAGUCCCACCUUGUCCGAGCCUCACUUUCACUGAGCGUUAUCUAUUUUGUCAGAAUGUCUGACAAACAGUUGGACCCAAUCUCACUAUACAGUUGGACCCACAGCUCUCUGAUCACGUAGUAGACAUCUUUGUGGGUGCCAUGGACUAAUGACUUGUGUAUUAGAGCUGUGCCGAUAAUAGAAACCUGUCAAUAAGUAUGUGUCAAAGGAAAGAUGGAAGUCACUGGUUCCAGUCAACAACAGCAGCCGUAGCCUGCAAUGAUAAUAAAGCACAACUGCAAUGUCUUAUUAAUUCCUGUGGCAAUCUACCACAGCGAUACUGUUCUUGAAUUUGAACGUCAUUAAAGUAAAGACAUUUCACAUUGCUAUAAUUUCCUUUCAUGUGUGCAUUUACAACUGAAUGAAAACUUAUUUAAAGGGCAGACAUUUAUUUUUUUGUCUUUGAUAAGAAAAUCAAUUGUUUUUCACUGUGAUGUGAAAUCUCCGUACCACAUUACACAGCCGGCCCACAUUUCGUCAAGAGUUUUUCAUUGUCAAAACUCUUGACGUGCUUUCAUUAAUAUACAAAUGGUUAACUACAUGUCCUUUGGAGAAAUAUUUUCAUAGAAUUCUGACAAAGUAAGUGCAUACAUGCAAAGGAAAUACAAAUAAUUAUGUUUAUUGUAUCUUCCAUUGUAUCUCACCCAUCACCACAGUAAAGGUUAUUAUUCUGUUGAUCCUG